UCCUUUAAGUUCGGGGUCGAUAAUCAGGAAAAUAUGUUAACCCUUGAAAACCAACAACAUAUAUUAACAGUUUUGAGGGAGGAUUGGAAAAGACGACAGAAAUUAUGCACCAUUACACUGAUAUGUUACAUCGUGCACAUGUUAUAUUUAUUGAGAUUUAUGUCUACGCGGGUUGACAAAUCCAUCUCCCAUACAUUGGUUGGGCGAGAACAAAUUCGAGCUACUUUAAUGCAACAGUUAAGAGAAACUCAUAGGUGUCGUGACAUCCUACGCAUGGGCCCUGAUGCAUUUCUUCAAUUGUGUGAGAAAUUAAGAGCAACACGUCAAGUGAGGGAUACAAAACAUGUUACAGUAGAGGAGCAAGUUGCUAGGUUCUUGUAUAUAAUAGCUCAUAAUGUGAAAACUAGAACCGUUUCUUUUUUCUACCACCGGUCUGGAGAAACUGUUAGCCGCCACUUCCAUGCUGUGUUACGGGCAAUUAUUUUACUAGAAGAUGAAUUUCUUCGACAACCAUCUGCAUCCAUUGUUUCUCCGGCGAUCCUUCACAAUCAUAGAUUUUAUCCUUAUUUCAAGGACUGUAUUGGAGCUAUAGAUGGAACACAUUUUCGUGUCAAAGUACCCAUAGCGGAUCAACCUAAAUUUCGAGGGAGAAAAGACUGGCCGACACAGAAUGUAUUAGCUGCAUGUGAUUUUGAUAUGAAGUUCACUUAUGUAUUAACGGGUUGGGAAGGAACAGCAUCUGACUCAAAAGUUCUUAAGAAUGCAUUAUCGAGGGAUGAUAAUCUUAAACUUCCACGAGGAAAAUUUUACCUUGGGGAUGCUGGAUUUAUGCUGAAGUAUGGAUUAAUUACCCCAUAUCGAAGUGUAAGGUAUCACCUAAAAGAGUAUGCAAGACGUGGCCCAGAAAAUGAAAAAGAAUUAUUUAAUCUUCGUCAUGCUUCAUUGAGAAAUGUUAUCGAAAGGUCAUUUGGAGUUUUAAAGAAAAGAUUUGCAAUAAUCACAAGUGGCACUGAACCACAUUAUGACUUUGAGACUAUGACUGAAAUUGUGCUAGCUUGUUGCAUAUUACAUAACUUUUUAAUGGGUGUAGAUCCUGAUCCACAUCUCAUAGCUCAAGUUGACCGAGAACUACAAGAAAAUAAUCCAGAAGUGGAUGAAGUCGUUCGACAUGAACAAGAUGAAGACUAUAGGCGGGGGGCCAUAUUAAGGGAUGAAAUAGCUGCUCAAAUGUGGGCUGACUAUCAACUAGGACUCUAA